CUGCUGCUGGAGGGCUGCGCGGCCCGGCGCGGAGCGGAGCGGGGCUGAGGCGCACAGCGGAGAUGAGCGCCGUUCUCGCCGUGAAGCAGUACGUGUCGAAAAUGAUCGAGGACAGCGGGCCGGGCAUGAAGGUGCUCCUGAUGGACCGGGAGACGCCCGGCGCGGUCAGCAUGGUGUACACGCAGUCCGAGAUCCUGCAGAAGGAGGUUUACCUCUUCGAGCGCAUCGACUCCCCCGGCAGGGAGCCCAUGAAGCACCUGAAGGCCGUCUGCUUCCUGCGGCCCACCAAGGAGAACGUGCACUGCCUCAUUCAGGAGCUGCGGAGGCCGAAGUACAGCAUCUAUUGUAUCUAUUUCAGUAAUGUGAUCAGUAAGAGUGAUAUCAAGGCAUUAGCUGAGGCUGAUGAACAGGAAGUUGUGGCAGAAAUUCAGGAGUUCUAUGGAGAUUACAUUGCAGUGAAUCCACACGUUUUUUCUCUCAACCUCUUGGGCUGCUGCCAGGGUCGCAACUGGGAUCCAGCCCAGCUGUCCAGGACAACUCAAGGGCUGACUGCUCUGCUUCUGUCCCUGAAGAAAUGCCCCAUGAUUCGAUACCAACUCUCUUCUGAGCCAGCAAAGAGGCUUGCUGAAUGUGUGAAGCAAGUAAUCACUAAAGAGUAUGAGCUGUUUGACUUCCGUCGCACUGAGGUUCCUCCUUUGCUCCUUAUUCUGGACCGCUCAGACGAUGCCAUCACCCCCCUGCUGAACCAGUGGACGUACCAGGCUAUGGUUCAUGAAUUGCUGGGCAUCAACAACAACCGCGUUGACCUCUCGCGUGUGCCGGGCAUCAGUAAGGAUCUCCGAGAGGUGGUCCUGUCUGCUGAGAACGACGAGUUCUACGCCAACAACAUGUACCUGAACUUUGCAGAGAUUGGCAGCAACAUCAAGAAUCUUAUGGAGGAUUUCCAGAAGAGGAAACCUAAGGAGCAGCAGAAGCUGGAAUCCAUAGCAGAUAUGAAGGCAUUCGUGGAGAACUACCCUCAGUUCAAGAAGAUGUCAGGCACGGUGUCAAAGCACGUGACGGUGGUAGGAGAGCUCUCGCGACUGGUUGGUGAGCGCAACCUGCUGGAGGUGUCUGAGGUGGAGCAGGAGCUGGCCUGUCACAGCGACCAUUCCAGCGCCCUCCAGGUGGCUGGUUGGGACCUGGCAAGCUGCCUGGACAGGCACCAGUAAAACAAAACUUGGACCCCUAUGCAGGAGCUUCUUGUAUUUGUUGGGAAGGAGAAGAAAUGGAAUCCAUAACUAAACCAGACCAUUCCUUGAGAUGAUGUCUUUUACUUCUUUUCUAAAAAACAGUGUAAGACAGUGAAAAGCCUUUUAGAUAAAAGAUUUCUUUGGCAGAGAGGACUGAAAAAGCCUACGAGAGACUUCUGUUGUAGCUGAGUUUAGACAGAAGUUUUGACCCUGUGCUGCCUUGUUGGAUUCCAUGACCUGACCGAAUAUCUGACAGUAUGUCAAUAAUGAUGAAUUGUGGCUGCUGCCUAUUCAGAGAAAAUAGCAGUAUUGUUAAGAGUGACUGUAUCAUAGCAGAGUUCAACCACUGACUCAGUAUUAGAAAGCGAGUCAUUUAUUUUUUUAUAGCUGGGAUAGAAGUUACAGCAUAUAAUGGACUCAUUCACACUUUGAUUAGAAAAUAAAAAGAAUUUUGAACAGA